GGACUGGGACAUCUGUAAUUAAUGCCAUUUCAAUUCAUCUUAAUGAGGAAAAUUGAUAUACAAGUAAUGUCACAAGCUUAGUAAUGGAACAAAUUAAACAAAAAUAAAAUUAAAAUUAAAUUAAAGUCAAGCACAGUUAAAACAUUCAUAAUUUGAUGUUAGAUUAAACAUACAUCAUGGUACAUUGACUGCACUUUGAGUGCAGCGCGGGCGACUUGAUUUGAUUAUUUCACGCUAAAAAAAAAAAAUCUUUAAAACAGAAAUCGAGAGUGCACAAAAUGGAUUUCACUCAGAAUGUAAGUUGAGCCGAGAACUAACAGGAAGUCUGUGGUCCUUGGGAGAAAUGACGACUGAUCUUGUAUCUUCUUUGCGGAAGGAGACGAGACAUACAGUACAGUGAGAUAAACAAGCGCUCACGCACUAUGAAGGAUCUUCCUACAGUGUGCAACCACACCAUCUCUUCUCUUUCCCCCUCCCUCUCUCACUCCCUAUCUCUCUCCUGUAAUGUUUCAUCUCACUCUGCCUUUCGUUCGCGCUUAACUCGCCCGCUGCUGCGCUCUGACAGUUGAGGGAGACACCGCCGAGGAGGAAACUCUGGGGCGUGAAGAGUGCAUUUGGUUCCUCAUUCGGCCGCCUUUUCUUCAUGAGCAGCUCGUCGAGUUGGCCUGAAACGCCGCUGAGGAGGAAGAUGAGGAGGAUCCGUGCGUGAGGGAAGAGGAGCAACAGGGUGGCGACAAGCUGGGAAGUGAGCCCUGGUUCUUCAGGCUGAAGCAAGGGGCCCUGACCUCCAGCAGUAGCAUCAUCAUCAUCGUCAUCAACCAUGUGAGAGGAGUUCUCAGCAAGCACAAGAUGACCACAUCCAGCACAAGCUGAACUAGCUUCCCUAACCCCGUCCCACUCAGCCUCUUACAGCCUCCCUCAUUUCCCACAUGACCGCGAGAAGAUGACUAUCACCAGUCGGCAGUCCUUGAAUGUCCUGACGGUCAUCUUCCUGUUGCUGUCCACAGCAGCGCUCUCGGCUCACUACCGGGUGUGCGAGCCCUACUCCGACCAAAAGGGGCGCUACCACUUCGGCUUCCACUGCCCCCGGCUGUCGGACAACAAGACCUACAUGUUCUGCUGCCACCACAACAACACGGCCUUCAAGUACUGCUGCAACGACACAGAGUUCCAGCUGGUCAUGCAGAUCAACCUCACUACCACCGCCGAUGGCUAUUCACACAAUAACUACACAGCACUGGUGGGAGUUUGGAUCUACGGCUUCUUCGUUAUGGUGCUCCUGGCUCUGGACUUCCUCUACUACUCGGCCAUCAAUUACGAGCUGUGCCGGGUGUACCUGGAGAAAUGGGGCCUGGGGGGGCGCUGGCUGAAGAAGGCCCGCAGUCAGUGGCAGCGGUCCAUGGCGGAGGAGAGCCAAGCCCAGGCUCAGCCCACGGUGCCCGCCCUCUACCAGCCCAGACACAGCCUCCGAGGGGAAAGCCACAGCCCCACGUUGUUGCCCUACAACACAUCCAGCGCAUGAACAAUACGGUCGGCAGAAGAGUAGCACUCCAUUUCCUAGAGGUGGCCUAGAGGAGAUGCCUCCUACAGACACUCUGGAUCCACACUUACAUAGGAAGCCAUCCAGGACAUCUUUGGCAGGGACCCCCUCUUCCCCCCUCUGAUGAGCACAAGGCAGCCGUCGACUGACAGCGGUGGCAUUUAACAAGCCAGCUGAGCAACCAGGACCGGUAGAGUAGUGCUGCCAGUGCCACAGCCGUGCUCAGCGGCAAGUGACUGAGUGACACUCUAAUGGCUGUCAGAAAGCGGAACUGGAUGAAGUGGUCAGAUGUGAUGGUUUUUAAUAUGAAAUGUUUAUUAGACUGCUGUGUCGGUUUGUGUUGCGUAGCAGUUAGACACGGUUCUCUAUUUUAUUUAUGUGAUAGUCACACAACAACAACGAGUGGUGAACCUCUAGGAACGUGAUUCGUUAGGUCGAUGCUGAGCAUCUCACGUAGACUCCAAUGUGUUUUGUUUGCGGCCGCGGCAAUGUUGGCGAUGAUAUAUCGUACAGCGAAGUGUUUUAACGAGUGCUUUAUAUCGUAACGUGUCUGACGGGGACUCCGCGCCACUUUUCCUGCUGUAGCUGAAAAAAAUAUAAUGGAUUUUUCACGUGUUAUCUGUGUUUCUUAUGGUUUUAAAGCAGGGUGUGGGGAACCCACCGUGAGAGCAGUUGAUCAAAAAAAAAACAAAUAAAACCUCGGAACUUGUAUUUAAAAAGAAAAAAAACUUUUUCAUAAUGAAUGAUGAUAGUAAAUAUUAGGUCCAUCACAUUCCUUCCCCAUAUUUUUGAGAAAAAGUUAUUUCAAACAAAUCAUUAGUGAGGAUGAGGGUCUCCAAAGCGUCAGCGGAAGCAACCCAGUUGAGUCAAGUUGCCAUGGCAACCUCCAUCAACGACAGCUCCUUAAGCAAUACAUCCAUCCAUCCAUCCAUUUUCUGAGCCGCUUCUCCUCACUAGGGUCGCGGGCGUGCUGGAGCCUAUCCCAGCUGUCAUCGGGCAGGAGGCGGGGUACACCCUGAACUGGUUGCCAGCCAAUCGCAGGGCACAUACAAACAAACAACCAUUCGCACUCACAGUCAUGGCCUACGGGCAAUUUAGAGUCUCCAAUUAAUGCAUGUUUUUGGGAUGUGGGAGGAAACCGGAGUGCCCGGAGAAAACCCACGCAGGCGGGGGGAGAACAUGCAAACUCCACACAGGCGGGGCCGGGGAUUGAACCCGGGUCCUCAGAACUGUGAGGCUGACGCUCUAACCAGUCGGCCACCGUGUCGCCUUAAGCAAUACAAUGCACAUCAAACAAGGAGUUUAAUAAUCCCCAUUAGUCAAAUUUCAACAUAAAAACUUAUUUGUCAGCAAUAAUGUACAGUGACGUGAAGGUUGACAUGGUGUCACGGUGCACCGGGUAUUCGCUGAAGUGCAACACACACACAAACCCCUUUGCUAGAUUUGUGGUCAUACUGCCUGUACUCCAAAUUACAAUUUAGUAGGAUUUCGUACAAAAACCACUGCAAUUAGUUUCUGAUUUAUAUGUCGGCUGUUUUUUUGUUUUUUUUUACUAAUGAGAGUUGUAACAAAAAUCUGUCACAUUGCUAAAUGCAUUCAAAUUAGAAGAAAAUAUUAUGUAGAAAUUAGAUUUUUUUUUUUUAGAUAAUAAUACAUUUUCUUCAUAGACACCUUUCUAAACAGUCAAGAUCACCAUACAAAAUUAAUAAAACAAAAAACAUAAUUAAAUAUAGAUCAACACAAUUCAAAAUCCAGUCGUAAUUUAAGUGUUUGUACAAUUUCACACUUAAUUCUUCCUCUUCAACUAUGAAGAUAAAAAUGGAUGAGUGGCUAUCAUAUUAGUAUAAGUAUUCAUCAUGCUACGAUAUUAUUUGGUCUUUGAGAUGAUGCAGGCAUCCAUCACAAUCUCUGUGAAAAUGUACGAGGCCUUGACGAGAACAAAAAAACAUCUGUCUAAAUUUUGUGUUGUCAUUUAACGGAUAAAACUAAAACACUGAAAGUGUGAUUACUUUUACAGGUUCUUUGAAUUAAAUCUAAUAUAUAUAUAUAUAUAUUCAGUUUUUUGGGACAAGAAUACAAAAUUUGCAAAAUAUGCUUUUUUCUUUUGUUGAGAUGAAAAUUACCUUGCAAAAAUUAGAUUACUUGUUUAUACUCAAUAAAAAUGUAAAACAUAAAAGUUUUUAUUAUUUUUGCUUUUUUUCGUAUAGAAUAAAAAUGUGUACAAUUUGAUAAUAAUUGCUGUUUUUCGGAUCAGAAAUGAAAAAAUGUAAACUGAUAAUUUCUUCUGUUUUUGUGGUAAGAAUAAAACAAAUGCAAACUGAUUAUUUUUACUGUAUUUCAGAUGAUAAUUAGAUAUUUUUAUUUGUUUUGUUUUUCUGAUAAAAAUAAAAAAUCGGCGGAAUCUAAAGCGAAAGAGGCCAAGCCGCAAUGAAUGUACGUGCUAAAGACUAAACAGAACAUCGUUAGCCUAAUACUGUAACAUAGUUGCCUAAGUCAUAUUUGAAUGUUUUUGAAAAACAAGAAAAAAGAAAGAAACACAACGAACAAGAAGAAUCCAGUUACCUCAAUUUUUGCGCAUUACCACGACUUUGAAAAUCAACACAGACGUACAGAAAAAACAUUUUUAGCAAGCACAUUGGUAUUUCUUAUUGAUAUGUUGACAGUUAAAAAUGACUUGGGCAAUUAUGCUGUUAGGGUAACGACAUUGUGUCUCGACUUGUACACAACAAUAAUGAUACAUCGACAAUCCUCCACAGUUACUUAAGUAGGUCAUGCUGUGUCACCAUGGCAACAACAGAGAUGCUGUUAUACUGAUGACAUUAAGGACAUCGUUUUUAAAACUUAAAUAACUCAUCGCGACCGCUUUCAGUUCCUGUCACAGCCUUCCUGGAGUUAUCUGCAAUAAUAUCAGCGUUUGCUGGGACGUUAGCGGAGGGUUCAUUCCCAUCGGAGAGGCUAACGUAUAAUUGGCUGCCUGGCUGGCGGCGUGUGCUUUCAGGGCCGCACAAACAUAUUUUAACACACGGGAGAUAUAAUUGGCCAGCGGAUCAGCGGUGCUUUUAAUUCACGCUCCCUUGCUCCUCUGCCUGUGCAGCUGUCGCCCUUUUCCCCGCGUCGUUCUCACACACAGCAGCCCAAUUGGGGAAACUUAUUUGCCACGGAUUUAAUUAGUCGCCAGUGCUGGAGAAGAUUCCGGAAUAAGGUGAAAGAACUAUGUUCUCCCUGGCAUAUGACAUACAGUUUAUCAUCCCUUCCCAUUUUGUUGUUUUCGUGGCCCUGACGUGACGCUGCCUCCAAACAAAACAAAGGGUGGAAAGACAGGAGCGCACGUUUGCUCUACGGGUUGUCAUGGUAACCGUUGCCUUACAGUCAAAUACCCACCUGAACACACAAGCGUCAUCGUGGUCAGAUAGCGCACUUUUCCAAGUGUGGUGGUGGUGAUAAGUGUACUAUGUUCUGUCCAGAGUGUUUACGACUAGAUAGAAUGUCAUGUGCCGUUCUCAGUUGAUUGCACUUGUUGACUUUGUAUCAUCACAACAGGGAGAAAUAAAGUUUUAUCUUUUA